AUCCAUAGCUGAAAUUAAAUACCCCGAAGUUGUAUCCAUUCUAUACAAAAUGGCUGCUUAAAUGUAUUUGGUGUAGUUUACACGUGAAUAAGUUGACAACAUUCUUAUUUAUUAAUUCGUUAGAAUACAUAUGUAAAUAUUUCGUUUACAGAAUUAUUAAAAUGGAUUCUCAUAACAGUGAACAGAAAAUUGGGGAUAACAGUGAUUGUAAUGGAUUUGUAAUUAACGAAAUUGCUUCUAAAUCAUGUGAAGUUACCAUAGAAGGUAUUGUACAAAACGAAAAGUGUGAAGAUAAGGAAGCAACUAGUAAUUCUUCAUGUGAUAAUAAUUCUUCUAAUGUUAAACAAGUGUUUAAUAGUGAUGAAGGCUGUGAUACAAAAGUAAAUAUUGACCUGACCAAAGAAAAUUCUGUUGGUGAGGAAACAGAAAGAUGUACGGCUACUAUAGACAAUUAUAUUACCCCAGUAAACGAGAAUUUGAAAGAUAUUUUGAUACAAAAAGUAAUGAAUCAAGUAAAAGAUAUGAACAUCAUCGAGACUCCGAAAAAUAAAGGAGAUUCUUCGGUUAUAAUCAAAAAUGAAAGUUCUUCAUUGAAAAAUCUGUUGUUGUACCAUAGUGAUAGUUCUGAUGAAGAAGAAAAUGAAGAAUAUGUCGAUAGCUGGAAACGACAGAUUUUUCCCAGUGAUUCAUCGUCUUCUAGUGUCAGUGAAUCUGAAUCACAAGAAUGUGUUGAAAUUAGCGAAGAUGAUGAAGAUGACAUUGGGUUUGUACUACCGAAUUGUACGAACGUGUUCAAAAAAAUCACCGACAAUGAUAUGGACGUUCCGCCACCCGUAGAUAUUUCAAACUUACAAAUAGACUACGAAAAAGAACAAUUUUUACAUAUAGGUCACAUUUCGAAUUUCGUCAACGCCACAGUGACAGUGGAUACGAUAGAAAACGUCGCUUCGUACGAUAUCGACACCGUACUUUUCAUCGACGAUAAAACGUCGAAAAAACCCUUCGGCGGAAUAAGCGACGUCAUAGGGCCGGUAUGCCGACCAGUAUACUGCGUCCAAUUACGCGAUACCAAAGAAAUCGAACAAUCGGGACUCGAAAAAGGGAUGAAAGUGUACAGCGCCCCGAAAAGUCCUUACGCCAAAUACGUUUUUUUGAAAGAUCUGUUAAAGAUGAAAGGGAGUGACGCUUCCGGUAAGGACGAUAUCGAAGUACCCAGCGACGAAGUUAGUACUGACGAAGAAAACGACGUUGAAGAAUUGAGACCGCAAAAACGCAAACAUAAUCGGAGCUUGGAUCGACAUAAGAAAUUCGAAAAAUCUAAAAACGAAUCGAACAUUAUUAAAAGUAGAAUCGCAAAUAUGAUGGAUAGAUACGGGAACUGUCAGGAUAAUGUCUGUUUUCCUCAUGGAUUCGAUCCUGCCGUACCGCCGCCGGUUAUACAAUAUGAUAGGGCGCAACCGAGAUUUUUCACUCCCCCAUAUAAUUUCAGUCAAGCAAUGCCCAAUCGGUGGUUUACCCCUCCGAUGCCGAACAUUCGACGGAAUAUACCCCCCCGCCACCAUCGCCACUACAACUCCCCCGGCCCUUCGAAUUAUUUUUAAGGGAUUGUAUUAUGAAAAUUCGUUGUUUUCAUUACGUUGUUUCAAAUAGGAUUUUCCUGUUUUCGUUUUAAAAAAUAUCCAAUUAUUCGAGUUGAUUUUUGAAAUUAUAAUUAGAGUGUCUACUUUUGAAAUCGCGUUUACGCAAAAAUUGAAAAAACAUAUAAAUAACGUUUUUUCGGUUAUGUAAUAUGACUUUUUGUCUUCCAUAUCGGCAGUCUAAUGUUUAAUAAAUCAAUAUUGUUUAAUUGAAUUUUUCAAAAUUUGAUUUUUUUGGUAGAGAAUUUUUUUAAUCCACAUUUGAAUGAGGAAAAUCUUAUUUUCGAUUUAAAUCGAAUAACUUCUAGUGCCAUCGGAAAGACUGUUAUUAGAUAAUAGAAUUUAUUGUUUUUAUUUUUAAUUUAAAAAUUUUUUAUGUUGUUUUUUUUUAUAUAACAGAAGCGAUUUGGAAAAGCACACAGCAAAAUUAUCUUUCAUAUAAAUUAAUAAAUUUCUGAAAAACAAUAUACGCGAUAGAAUUUAUAAUAUUGAAAAAUUUUUAAUACACACUGUAUACAAAGUUAAAUUACUAAUUUGAUAUUUAUUUAUCUUCAUCUUUAUUAUGCAGGGUAGUCUUAUAUUCGAGAUAGUAAUCGAAUCAGGGCGAAAUCGAUUAUUCUAAAAAUUUUGUGAAACACCCUGUAGAAAAUGUUGAAGUUGGAAAUUUCUGGUUAUUUUAUUGUCUCACCCUGUAUAAAACGUAAAAUUUUUGUCUUAUUUUUAUUUCUAUUUAUAAAAAUCGAUAUACAGAAUGGAUUUUAUUCAGGAAAUUAUUCUAGAAUUUUUUCCAAUUUUCAUCUUCUUCUAAAAAAAAAUAGUGUACAGGGUGGGCAUAAAAAUCAUUUAGUACAAAAUCACUUCAAAUUUGUAUUUGUAGUACAGAACGUUGAAUUUGUGUACAGGGUGGUAGUUUAUUCUUGUUAAAAAAGUUGUUAUGACUUUUCGAGGGAGUUUCGCUGUGUACUCAUUCAAAUUUUACUACUAUAGUACUUACCAAGAGCUUGUUGCGUUAAUUUUCUUGUUCAACUUGAUGAUAAUUUUAUAUUUCUAAAAACAAUGUAGUCGUAGAUUGAAUAAAGUGGUUCGUUACUUAUGUAUAAA